GAUUUGUGCAUCUUUAACUUUUUCAUCUUUGAGAUUUAGAUUAGCUUACGUAACCCCAUAAUUAAGCUUUUUCAUCCAAUAUAUAUAGCUAACCAUGAACAUGAACAUUUGGAUAAGGUAGCAUUGAUAAAAACUUCUAUUAAGUUGUUACAAUACCACCAUUAUAAGAUUGUAAUUAAGAUACAAACUCUAAAUUGAGAUGGCUAAUCUACAAAUCGUUCCGGCUUACAAGAGUGUAGAGCCUCAAUAUGUUGAGUUGAAGGUUCCUUUAUAUUCUUUUGGAUGUGAAAGGAAAGUGAAGAAGGCUUUGAGUAAUUUAAGAGGAAUUUACUCGGUAAAUGUUGAUUAUCCACAACAAAAGGUGACAGUGUGGGGAAUUUGCAACAAGUAUGAUGUGCUAACAACUAUCAAGAAUAAAAGGAAAGAAGCGCAGUUUUGGAAUCCUGAAGACAACAUUAAAUUAGAAGAAACAGAAGGAAAUUACAGAAUUAAUAGUACAACUAAUAGUAAUGCCAUUUUGACCAAAGCCAAGUCUUUUAGCUACAAAGCUCUAAGAAAAGUCUUCAACAGAUCCCACUCUUUCUAAAUAUAUAUAUAUAUAUGUAUGUGUUGAGAGAUUGGUUAAUUGAUCACUUUCCUACAAAAAAAAAAAUGAUCUCAAUCUUUCUACCACUACUUAUAUUUCUAUAAGUUGUUAGUUAUACACAUCUAUCCUGUGAUAUGUAAAUAAAUGAUAUUAAUAACCAGUUUAUGAUAUAUCUCAUGUCACGAACGUACAUGUAAACAUCUUGUUGCAUUACAUUGAAUCAAGAUUAGGAUAAUCUCCCACUAAGUCUAAGCAAUUGCUAUGCAUAU